AUGCCUCGAGCUCGCAAGAAAUUUCGCUCAUCAAUGAAAAAUGACGAUAUCUAUGUGCCGUCCGCGUCUGCUCGUCGUCCAUCAAUUAAUGUGAAGCCACGGAAUCAACGUGAACGUCGUGCUACAACGGCAUUCUCACCGAAAGUUGAUACAGUAGUGCGGAAACCGCGGAAAUCUAAAGAUUUGAGUCUAAGUAUCGACGACAAUCGAAAUUCUACUGCGGGUAUUACUCCAACUCGACCGGAACACAAGCGUCUAGAGAACAAAAUAAAGUCACAGGCACAUCGACUGCGGUAUCCGCUUGCGUUCGUCGAAGCCUACGAAGCUGAUGGAUGGAAUAAGUCAUGCCGAGAUAAGCUGAAACCGUGCAAAGAGCUUGAAGUGGAGCAUUGCAAGAUUGUAAAAGGGAAACGAGCUCUGAUUGAAGGUCUGCGUGAAUUGUUGGCAUUGUAUGCACAGGAACCGCAAGUGCCACCUAUGGCUAUGUUCGAAGAUGUACACUGCUCUCGAUGCGGAAGCACGGACAUUGCCUUAGAUAAUGAUAUUUUGCUCUGUGAUAGUCCUGGAUGUCAUCGUGCGUACCAUCAACGGUGUCAGACACCAGUGAUUCUGACAAGUAAGAUUCCAGCAGGCAAUGACCCUUGGUUCUGUGAAGUCUGCCUUGCCAUUUUUGAGUGUCUGAAGUCGAUCAACUCAGUGUUUGGAACGACAUACGAAAACGUUGAUGACCUUUUUCCAGAGCUUUGUCAGGUCAAGCCACAACUUCUAAUGAAUGAUAAUAAUUCUGCGCAGUCAGAAGACGAAAGCACUGCUGUUCCUGCUAAAGUGGAAAGCGAUGAAGAAGAUGAUGAAGACUUUGUACCCGAAAGCGCUCAAGACUUACUCUUUCUUAGUAAAGACGACGUGAUUGACCUGAAUCAUCGAUCGAUGCGGUCUCACGGAAAAAUUACGCUGCUAAAGCCUGCUCGCAAAAAGGUGAAUCUCGUAGGCAAGUCUGCAGCCAAGAUUAAUCGUAAGACAGGUGAUGUAAUCUUUGGAGAAGUUGUAGCGCUUGCACCGCCGGCUGUAGGGCGGUAUUCACGGUGGCGCAUUGAUUAUCGCGAUGGUACUUCCGAACUACUGACACGCAGCAAGGCUCAGGCUGCAAUCAAAUGCGCAUGUGUAAAAAAUAAUGGCGAUCGAGAUGAAGACGAAGAAGUCAUUGUUGUCCGCAGCAAGCGCAAACGCAACGAAGUCGAUUAUCGCCAACUUAACGAGCUGAUGUUCGCGGGAAAGGAUGAAGAUAGUGAAGAUGAUGAGACGUUUGAGGUUAAAGAUGAAAGCGAAGAGGAACCUGAUGAGGAGGAAGACAAUGAUGCGAACGCCGUCGAAGAAUUGAAAGAGAAGGAGAGAAACAAGAGUAUUCAGUGUGGACAGGGCGAUUUAUCACCAACUACUGUGACUGCAUCGCAUGACGCAAUUCCUCAACUGACACAUGAAACUCGUAGCCAACGUCCACGUAAACGGAUUGACUAUCACUCCAUGCAUGAAGGUCUGCUCUCUUAG